AUGCUUUACAGCAACGAUAGUAAGUCAUUUUGGUUGCAGCCAUUAGGUGUAUGCACCAUAAAGAAUACAAACGCAGUCAUAAGACCUACAAAUGUCGAACUUGAAUUUACAAAAGAUCCAUAUACAGGCGGAGCAUUAAAGAUUGGAGGUCCUUUCUAUAACGGACCUCUCCACAGCAAAGAAUUCAUCGACCAAGUACUCGAAUUAUUGCCAAAAAUGCAUAAUCUACAAACAAUUCCAAGAAUUGAAGGAGUUUUGAAUUGUUGUCGCAACGAAAUAGAAGCACUGUUUUACUACGAUAUAGGAGCUCUCACGAGCAUCAUUAAAGCUAGUUGUCCUCCAAGAGCUUUAAUUUAUACCCAAAUUGAGAGACAAAAUUUCCAUGUUUCGUUGACACAUUGCGAUGCCGGCAAAAUAAAGACUGAUGCCCCAUCAGAACUCAUCUGGGAUAUCUGCAGAAAAUGGUAUUUCGGCGAAGGAAAGAAACUUCCAGAAGCAGACUCUGUUGCAAGGAAAAUUUUGGAGGCCAAACCGAAAUAUGACGUGAAUCUGGAGACAGAUGAGGAAAUUGAAGUCAGAUUAAAGAAAGAAAAGAAAAUUUGCAGAUUUUACCAAAAUCCAACAAGUAAUUUUGGUCCUAAAGCUGCUGCAAAGAAGAAACAUAAUACCCCUGCAUCUGAUAAAAAUUAA